CAUUAAUAUCUCAGUGUCUGCUUUGCCACUUAAAGGAAAAAUCUUUGCUGUUGAGAUGUGGGGGAUAAGACUUAUCAUUUUCAUGAUGUCUUUGGCCCCCACCUAUCAACAGUUCCCUCGCCUUUGCACAACCGAAGACUCUCUACGGACCAAGGAGUGCUGCCCAGCCUGGGAGGGGGAUGGCUCGGCUUGUGGUGCCUGGUCGGGCAGGGGCUCCUGUGAGGAUGUGGAGAUCUCAGAGCAGCCCGACGGACCGCAGUACCCCUUCUCGGGGCUAGACGAUCGAGAGAAGUGGCCUUUGGUUUUCUACAACCGGACUUGUCAGUGUGCAGGGAACUUUAUGGGGUUUAACUGUGGGGACUGCAGGUUUGGCUACUUUGGGGAAAACUGCGACGAAAGAAGAGAGUCUCUCAGGAGGAACAUAUUCCAUCUGACCAGGGCUGAGAGAAACAGACUUAUUUCUUACCUGAACCUAGCCAAGCAGACAGUCAGCAGAGACUAUGUUGUUGCAACGGGGACCUACACGGAGAUGGUGAAUGGCUCCAAUCCGAUGUUUGCUGAUGUAUCUGUGUAUGAUGUGUUUGUCUGGAUGCAUUACUAUGUGUCCCGCAAUGCACAGUUAGGCGGGCCAGGGAAUGUCUGGAGAGAUGUGGACUUUGCACACUGGGCCCCUGCAUUUCCACCGUGGCACCGUGUUUACUUGCUACACUGGGAACAUGAGAUCAGAAAGCUGACUGGAGAUGUGAAUUUCUCCAUUCCCUACUGGGAUUGGAGGGAUGCCCAGGGCUGUGAUGUGUGCACUGAUGAGCUGAUGGGAGCCCAGAGCCCCCAGGACCCCAGUCUUAUUAGGUCAAGCUCGGUCUUCUCCUCUUGGAAGGUGCUGUGCUCCCAGGCUGAGGAGUACAAUAAUAGGGGUGUUCUGUGCAAUGCCAGGAAUGAAGGCCCUCUGCGCCGUAACCCUGGAAAUCACAAUCGAAGUCUAGUAGAAAGAUUACCAACUUCUGCAGAGGUGGAGUUCACUCUCAGUCUCCCCAACUACGACACUGGAGCAAUGGACCGCACUGCCAACAUGAGCUUCAGGAACACCCUGGAAGGAUUCGGGGACCCUCAGACUGGGUUAGGAAGCAGUUCUCGUAUGGGUAUGCACGCUGCACUGCAUGUGUUCAUGAAUGGAUCUAUGUCUUCCGUGCAGGGCUCUGCAAAUGAUCCCAUAUUUCUUCUUCACCAUGCAUUUGUUGACAGUAUCUAUGAACAAUGGCUCAGGAGACACAGACCAUCUCCAUCCCAGUAUCCAGAGUCUAAUGCUCCCAUAGGGCACAAUGGUGAUUACCACAUGGCUCCAUUCAUACCCCUGCACAGAAACAAAGAGUACUUUAUUUCCAGCAAGGAUUUUGGAUAUGAGUACUCCUAUUUGUUAGAUCCCAACCAAAGGCUUGCAGAAUCCAUGCGCCCCUACCUGGACGAGUUGAAGGAUGUGUGGCCUUGGUUGAUGCUUGCAGGGAUCUGUGGAGCGCUUCUGACUGUGACCAUAGCUGUUAUUUUCCUACUCACUAAACAUCAAUGCAAAGCCUGGCCUCGCAGGAGGAGUUGGAAAAAUGUCUUCGCCCUACCAGAAAAACAACCACUUAUCUGCAGCAAUGAAACAGAAACCAACCACCAUAACUACCAAACAAUGUGAUCAUUUGUUGCAAAAAAUACGACUAUCAUUUAUGUUUAUAUCUACGCAUCUAAAGUAUCUAAACAUGUUUGUUGCAUGUUUUUAUAUAGAAAAAAUUAUGUUUAAAGUGGAUCUCAAUAAAUUGGAUCACAUUCUUCCCAAACACUAGGGGACGCACCAGAUGCUUUUAAGUCAUGUUCUGUGAUUAAGGUUAUUCUUCAGUUUUAGCUGUUAUCUUGAAAACAAUGUGCUGAACAACUUCUUAUUUGUGAUCUUAAGCUUUUGUCUUAAAAAAGUUCUCUCUUCAAAUAUAUUAUGUAAAUUCAGCCUUAGGUUCAUAAUAACUGAUAGAAACUAACCCUAACCUUAACUUAUUUUAUAUGGGGAACAUUACAAAUAUGGCAUAAAGUUAUGCAAGAGCAUACUAUUCUGUGUCUGUUGGAUGUACCUCAAAACAUACGGUAUUCUUUAAGCUAAUAUUACAUAUAUUCCUUAUCAAAACAGAACAUGCAAAAAGGAAAAACUGUAAGGAUCAGGAAGCUAAAUAAAAGACAACUUGAAAUUGAGAGAAUGUAGUAUUGCUAAAUGAACAGUAAAAGCCUGGCUGGAGUAAAUUGGAUUUACAUAGAGAAAAGCCUAAUGUAAACCACCAUUUAAAAAGAACAAAGCAAGAUAACAGAGCCCUAAAGUGGAGAGUUGCAGACUUUGGAUGAAACCACUCUGCAGUGAUCAACAUUAUUUUGCAUUAGACAAGGAAAGGAUGCCAGAAUGUUGGUUUUGUGCAGAUUGCCUUAAAAAAAGGAAAUUCCCAGAGUCACUAAUGAUUGCAUUGGGUUCCAUGUCAAGAAAGAAAACAUAAAUAGGAGAGCACUCAGAAGUAGGUUUGAUGACAGUGUUUUUCAGCAUGAUCUAUUACUCUGCAAAGCAACAUGGGCUUUAACUUUUAGGACCCUAGUUGAUGAGUGGAGUUGGGGUUCUGCAUGUUGUUCAUGUGUCCCUAAUCCAACACAACUGAAUCCAUGGAUGAAUUGCCUUCUCAUUCUCUUAUCAUGGUCUGCAGAGGCCUCAUAAUGAACCAUGCACUAUCCUGCUGGGAGGAGCCAUCAGUAGAUGGAUACACUGGGGUCAUAAAGGAAUGGACAUGGUCAGAAACAAUAUUCAGGUAAGCGGAGACAUUUACACAAUGCUCAGAUGUUAGUAAGGGAGCCAGAUUGUAUCAAGAAAACAAGUCCUGAUGGAUCCAUGCUUCCAUAUUUACACCAAAUCUGUUAUUUAUUUUUUGUUCAUGAUCACUGUGGUCCUCAGCUGCUGUAACCCAUGUGCUUCAAAGUUUUUCAAUGUUGUUCAUUUCCCAAAAUCAGAGAAGACCCAAUCAUCAAACAACCCAAAAUUACAGAAAUGAGGCUGAAGCAGUGUUUGUUUCAUCUAUUUACAGAACAAAGAAAAUUUAUAUUAUUUUUUAUAUAUGUACAAUUUACAGUCCCCAUUAAACAUUGAUUUUCCAUAAAACAAAAUUUUAGGUGUGGCGGUGAUGCAGGGAUAAAGCGGGCAACCCAUUUAUGGAGGCUACAGUCCUUGACACAGCUGUCACGGGUUUGACUCCGAAUUGACCUUUGCUGCAUGUCUUCCCCUCUCUCUCUCCAGCCCAUUUCCUGUCAGUGAAAUUACAAUAUAAAAGCCACUAGAGCCACAAAAUAAUAAUAAUUUAAAAAAAAAAACUAUAAAAUUUUUACAUCACUUUCUUAGGAAUAAGGUUUGACAAGUUGUCUGUUCAAAAGUGCUAUUCUGCAUCUCUUGGUAGUUUCUAAAAUACGACCAGCUCAUCUGGCAACAAAACCCAUAUCACAUUCCAAGUCACUUAAAUCCCUUUCCUUCCCCAUUCUGAUGCUUGGUUUGAACUUCAGCAAGUAAUUGUCACUACAUCUUGAUGCCUAAAGGUACUGAGCUGGUGCGAUGUAAUUGGCUGAUUGUCUACUUACUGUAACAAGCAGUUAAACGGGUGUACUUCAUAAAUUGGCAACUGAGUGUAUAUAUGAUGUGGUCAAUGUCUGAUUCCAAGCCCGAGGCAGUAAUAAAAUCAAUGGACACUGCGACAGUUAAUCGGCCAGCUGGUUACCAUGGAGACUGCAUACGGGCUGGAGAAGAAACAUUGCAGACCUAGGAGCCACAUUGAUUUCUCAGGGACAGGACCUGGUGCUGGUGUCAACUGCUCAUAUCUGCCGAUGCCCUUUCAAGUGAUAUUUGAAGUACUAAGAGUACUUAAUAUUUUUUUUUUAUCUGACCUUUAUUCAUACAGGAUAAAUCUUAAACUUAAUUCUCAUUUUCACGAGACAUAUUCCAACAUUAUAUGAAGUCAUAAAAGAUACAUACAGAACAGUACAAGUGCAUGAUAAAAUAGUGUCAUAAUUAAGAACUGAAGCAGGAGUCUACUGCAAUUUUCUCAAUAUUUUUGAUCUGCAUAUUAAAUUCACCAAAAAAUCAGAUCAGUUUCAGUUCCUUUUGCAGAUGGUUCCAGGUUAAUAGUGCAGAGUAAGAGAAGGCUGUCUUCUCUAAUUCUGUACUGCAGGAACACAGAGUAACGAUAUGCUGGGAUAUCAUCACCAGUAGUUUAGAAUAUGAUUUUCCAAAAUAUCUCUUAAAAUGUUGUAUGCUCAGAGCAUUUUCUAACCCUCUCUCUCGCUUUAGUACUGUGAUCUCAGUCCUGUGUACUUCGCUUUCUAAUUUACAGUCACAACAAUUUAAAAAGUUGAUUCUCUCAAAAAACUUCAUAUUGCAAUUCAUUUUGCAAAUGUUUUAUACCACGUUCUCCCAGUGGUUGGUAGACAGAUGUAUUAAUGAAUAUUCUCAUAUAAUGUAGCAUUCUUAAAGCCUUAGUUUUUUUUAAACAAACACCAACAAUCAGCUUUGAAUUUACAAAAUGUAUUUAUUUUUGAGGUUGGAAUAAACUGGUCUCUUAAGGUUCCUCUUAUGCUGGUCUCAUUAAGCCAAAUAAACUUAAUACAUUCUAAACAUAGA